AUGGAGGCACCAGGACCGUCAGAAGGAUCACCUGAAUGUUCUCCACAACCAGUCACGACCAUUGGUUCAAUGCAAGAGAGUAUGGUAAAGCCCGAUGUCGGCGACAAUCAGCCCUCUCAAAAUCUGGGCGCUUCGACUCCUAUUCGCAUUAUGUCCACUGUCACACCGGUUCGGGAAGCGCCUCAUCAACCUCGCCUUCCUCCGGGAGUUCGAGUUGUACGUGGAUCGUCUGCUGGUUCAGGAACAUCCUCAAUGCGCAUGUCGAACCACCAAGUGCGUACAGUGUUGGGUACAGGGGCUUCUCAUCCUGGGCGCAUGCUGGCUUCCGGAGCCACUUCGCCUAAUUCAUCGGGAGCCGUUCGUAGUGCACCCAUUAGAACAGUGGUAGGUGCUGGAUCUGGUAUGCGUGUAAUGCAACAGGGAGGACGAACAUUGAUUGCGGUACCAAGCGGCUCUCGCCUCGCGGCUACGCUUUCAUCCGUAGCUGCUCGAGCUGCUCCUGUCGAACUGUCG